CCGCUCCGCGCGUGCUGGCGGCGCAGCGCCCCGCGGCCCGGCAGCGGCGCGGCCGCCCCGUCGGCGCCGCGGCGCGCCCGCGGAGGGGCGGCGCUGGGGGCGGCGGCUCGGCGGCGGCAACUUUUGGGAGCCGGCGGCGGCAGCGCGGAGGCUGCGCGGGGGAUGGCGGCGGCCAGGCAGCGGCGGCGCUGAGGCAGCGGCGGCGGCGGCGCGAUGCCGGCGGCGGCCGGGGGGCUGCUGUGGUGGAGCUGCUGCGUGCUGGCGGCGGCGGCCGGGGCCCCGCGGGCCGCCGCGGCGGCGCAGGCAGUGUGUGCCGGCACCGAGAACAAGCUGAGCUCCCUCUCUGACCUGGAGCAGCAGUACCGGGCCCUGCGCAAGUACUAUGAGAACUGUGAGGUAGUGAUGGGCAACCUGGAGAUCACCAGCAUCGAGCACAACAGAGACCUCUCCUUCCUGAGGUCUAUCCGAGAAGUCACGGGCUAUGUGUUGGUGGCUCUGAACCAGUUUGAGUACCUGCCCCUGGAGAACCUGCGCAUCGUUCGUGGCACCAAGCUCUACGAGGAGCGAUAUGCUCUGGCCAUAUUCCUUAACUACAGGAAGGAUGGGAACUUUGGACUCAGGGAACUUGGCUUGAGGAAUCUGACGGAGAUACUGAAUGGAGGGGUGUACGUUGGCCAGAACAAAUUCCUCUGCUUUGCAGACACCAUUCAUUGGCAAGACAUCGUGCGUAACCCCUGGGCCUCCAACUUCACUCUGGUUCCAACAAAUGGCAGCUCAGGAUGUGGUCGUUGCCACAAGUCCUGCACUGGACGGUGCUGGGGACCAACAGAGAAUCACUGCCAGACCUUGACAAAGACCGUGUGUGCAGAGCAGUGUGAUGGACGCUGCUACGGGCCCUACGUCAGCGACUGCUGCCACCGCGAGUGCGCCGGGGGCUGCUACGGACCCAAGGACACCGACUGCUUUGCCUGCAUGAAUUUCAAUGACAGUGGUGCCUGUGUGACACAGUGCCCCCAGACCUUCGUGUACAACCCCACCACCUUCCAGCUGGAGCACAACCACAACGCCAAGUACACCUACGGGGCUUUCUGCGUCAAGAAGUGCCCGCACAACUUUGUGGUGGAUUCCAGCUCUUGUGUCCGGGCAUGUCCCAGCUCCAAGAUGGAAGUUGAAGAAAAUGGUAUUAAGAUGUGCAAGCCCUGCACUGACAUUUGUCCUAAAGCAUGUGAUGGCAUUGGGACAGGGAGUUUGGUGUCAGCUCAGACAGUGGAUUCCAGCAACAUUGACAAGUUUGUAAACUGUACCAAGAUCAAUGGCAACCUCAUCUUCCUUGUCACUGGGAUUCAUGGAGACCCAUAUCACACGAUCGCUGCCAUCAAUCCAGAGAAAUUAAAUAUCUUCCAAACAGUGAGAGAGAUAACAGGGUAUUUGAACAUACAGUCGUGGCCUGAGAACAUGACAGACUUCAGGGUGUUUUCUAACUUGGUUACCAUUGGUGGGAGAGCUCUCUAUAGUGGCCUUUCCUUGCUCAUCCUGAAGCAACAAGGCAUCACUUCCCUGCAGUUCCAGUCCUUGAAGCAAAUCAGUGCUGGCAACAUCUACAUCACAGACAACAGCAAUCUGUGCUACUACCACACUGUCAACUGGACCAGCCUCUUCAGCACCCCCAGCCAAAAGACAGUGAUCCACAGGAACAAAAGGGCAGAGAACUGCACUGCUGAUGGGAUGGUGUGCAAUGAGCUGUGCUCCAGCGACGGCUGCUGGGGCCCGGGGCCGGACCAGUGCCUGUCCUGCAAGCGCUUCAUCAGGGGCAGGACCUGCAUCGACUCCUGCAACCUCUACGAUGGGGAAUUCCGAGAAUUUGCAAACGGUUCUGUGUGUGUGGAGUGUGAUCCCCAGUGUGAAAAGAUGGAGGAAAACAUGAUCACUUGCUACGGGCCGGGUCCUGACCACUGCACAAAGUGUUUCCAUUUUAAGGAUGGUCCAAAUUGUGUGGAAAAAUGUCCUGAUGGCUUGCAGGGGGCCAACAGCUUCAUUUUCAAGUACGCUGAUGAGGAUCGGGAGUGCCAUCCGUGUCACCCAAACUGCACCCAGGGGUGUAGAGGCCCCGCUAGUCAUGACUGCAUUUUCUAUCCAUGGACACGGCAGUCCACUCUGCCACAGCACGCUAGAACCCCCCUGAUUGCUGCUGGAGUUAUUGGUGGCCUCUUCAUCAUCGUCAUCAUGGGCCUGACGUUUGCUGUGUACGUUCGGCGCAAGAGCAUCAAGAAGAAAAGGGCACUGCGAAGGUUCCUGGAGACUGAGCUCGUGGAACCCCUGACCCCGAGCGGCACGGCGCCCAACCAAGCACAGCUCCGCAUCCUGAAGGAGACAGAGCUGAAGAGAGUCAAGGUGCUGGGCUCUGGAGCCUUUGGAACGGUGUACAAGGGAAUCUGGGUCCCUGAGGGAGAAACAGUAAAGAUUCCUGUGGCCAUUAAGAUCCUUAAUGAGACCACUGGUCCGAAAGCCAACGUGGAGUUUAUGGAUGAAGCUCUCAUCAUGGCCAGCAUGGACCACCCACACCUGGUGAGACUCCUGGGUGUCUGCUUGAGCCCCACCAUCCAGCUGGUCACUCAGCUGAUGCCCCACGGCUGCCUCCUGGAUUAUGUCCAUGAACACAAGGAUAAUAUUGGCUCCCAGCUCCUGCUCAACUGGUGUGUCCAAAUAGCGAAGGGAAUGAUGUACCUGGAAGAGAGGAGACUCGUCCACCGGGACUUGGCAGCCCGUAAUGUCCUGGUGAAAUCACCAAACCACGUGAAAAUCACUGACUUUGGCUUGGCCAGGCUUCUGGAAGGGGAUGAAAAGGAGUAUAAUGCUGAUGGGGGAAAGAUGCCAAUUAAGUGGAUGGCUCUGGAGUGCAUACACUACAGGAAAUUUACCCAUCAGAGUGAUGUGUGGAGCUAUGGAGUCACCAUCUGGGAGCUGAUGACCUUUGGUGGGAAGCCAUACGAUGGAAUCCCAACUCGAGAGAUCCCUGACCUCUUGGAGAAGGGAGAGCGGCUGCCCCAGCCCCCAAUCUGCACUAUUGAUGUUUAUAUGGUGAUGGUGAAGUGCUGGAUGAUUGAUGCUGACAGUCGGCCAAAAUUCAAGGAGCUGGCUGCUGAAUUCUCUAGAAUGGCUCGAGACCCUCAGAGAUACCUGGUAAUUCAGGGAGAUGAUCGUAUGAAGCUCCCAAGCCCAAAUGACAGCAAGUUCUUCCAAAAUCUUCUUGAUGAGGAAGACCUGGAAGAUAUGAUGGAUGCUGAAGAGUAUCUUGUUCCUCAAGCCUUCAACAUUCCUCCUCCCAUCUACACCUCCAGGACAAGAAUUGAUUCCAACAGGAACCAGUUUGUGUACCGGGAUGGUGGCUACGCUGCCGAGGUGCCGAUGCCAUACAGGGCUCCAGGCUGCAUCAUUCCAGAGGCCCCAGCCGCUCAAGGGGCCACAGCAGAGAUCUUUGAAGACACUUGCUGCAAUGGCACGAUGCAGAAACAGGUGGCAACCCUGGCAAAGGAGGACAGCAGCACCCAGAGGUACAGCGCCGACCCCACCGUCUUCAUUCCCGAGCGGGUCGUGCGGGGAGAGCUGGAUGAGGAUGGGUACAUGACACCGAUGCGAGACAAACCUAAAACAGAUUACCUAAACCCAGUGGAAGAGAACCCCUUUGUUUCCCGACGAAAGAACGGAGAUCUCCAAGCUGUGGACAACCCAGAGUACCACAACGCUCCCAACGGGCAGCCCAAAGCAGAGGAUGAGUACGUGAACGAGCCCUUGUACCUCAACACCUUCGCCAACACCUUGGAAAACGCCGAGUACCUGAAGAACAAUUUGCCAGAGAAAGCCAAGAAGGCCUUUGACAACCCAGACUACUGGAACCACAGCCUGCCCCCACGGAGCACCCUCCAGCACCCGGACUACCUGCAAGAGUACAGCACAAAAUACUUUUACAAACAGAAUGGACGGAUCCGGCCCAUAGUGGCAGAGAAUCCUGAAUACCUCUCCGAGUUCUCCCUGAAGCCUGGCACUGUGCUGCCCCCGCCGCCCUACAGACACCGGAAUACCGUGGUGUAGUGGCUGUGCUCUCACUGAAGUGGAAAGGCAACCCCUUCUAGCUGCCUCACUCGUGCUCUCUCGCUCCCCCUUCCUCCCUGCCCUUGCCCGUCUUUCUUCCCUCCCUCCCUCCCUCUCUUUCUCCCAUGAGCUUCCUCUUCUUGCCAGUUCACUCAUUUUUGAUAUUUCUAAGUGAAAGGAUGUCUUGGAGUUGGUUGCAGAUUGGGUUGGGCACCUGGAAGGAAGGAAGGAAAGAGACUGAAAGAAGGAUUUUUGUACGACCUGGCCUUUCCCACUUUCAGCAGACGCCCAGAGGAGCCAGGUGGUACCAGGAGAGGCCAGUGGCAGUGCUGCUGUGGAGCUCGUUCUCAGUGAUUCAACCAGACACUGUAGGGAAAGCCACAGGAAGGCUGAUUCUUUCAGCAGGAACUGAUGAGAGUCUGUACAGCAUUCCUGGAAAUCUCCAUGCAAUUUCCAUCAGGGUGAAAAAUGGACAAUUUUUAUAUCCCGUGUGAUAGCGUAGUAAUUGAGAUUGAGAAUCCAAUUUCUUUCUCUAACACUUUCUAUCCCAGCAACUGAAAAUGGCUAACAUAGCUUUUCAAAAACAUUCAGAUCUUCAUUGUGGCUUUCCAAGAAAUGAUAAUGUGACUCCCACAUACUAAACCCUUAUUCUGAGCCACACCAUGAUUUUGUGCCAAUUCCCAGCCACAGAGACUCCUACUCAGAACUGGUACCUGACACGACCAUUUUUGUAUGUGUGCCAACAGAACAAACACUUUAAACACAAAAUACCUUUCAGAAGAGAGCAACAAAACCACACCUCCAAUAUGUUCCUUUUGAAGCUAAAAAACAGGCCAAGAAAUGAAGAUUUGUAUGCCAAAAGCUUUGCUUUCCUGUUUUUUACCUGUUGACUGUAAACACUUCAAAAGAUUGUCACUAAUUCUUCCCUCUUUUUCUUCUUCAUGGUCAUGAAGGGAGCUGGGGAUGCUGUCAGGCAACACUGAGGACACGACAAAGAACUGAAGAGUUUGAUGUUCUGUGGGGUGGGGUGGGAAGGGUCCUUUAAACUGGAAGACAGACACUGGACUGGAAAAAAUGCACAUAGUGGUUCACUGGAAAGUUAGUUUGCACUUAACCUCUGAUUUUAUUUGAACUGUUUUCUGGAUUUUGAAUGAAGCAAUAUGGAAGUGACCAGCAAAAUACAAAAUAAUAAUUUUAAAUUUAAAAAGAAAUAUAAAUUAUUUGUAAAGGAUGACUGUGGAAAUGCCAAAAUGAAGCAAAUCAAGUCUUUGGAACAAUGUCUGCCACUUCUGAGAGGCCAAUGCAGUGACUGCUUCAGAGAAUACAGUGGUGGAGCAGCCAGCUCUUCCUGCUGCUUUAUGAAGGACAGCAGAGCAAACCCUGAAAGGAUCAGGGAAGGCAAAUGUCCUGCUCUGGCUUGCAGUACGGUACAGAAUACCAUUUUUCUAAAAGGAGGAUUACUCUGGCACAGAAGACAGUGUAUAUGAGGUUUGAGAAGUCAAAAUGUGCAUGAUUUGCAGAGCUUUCUGUCGAAAAUGUAAAUAAGUAUGAGUCAGUCUCCUUGCACUUAGUUCUGCUUUUAUCAACCUCAGUUUUUAGGUAGACACCCCCUGACCUGCUCCUCUUUGGAAAUCUCCUUCAAACCAGAGUUCUGGACGUUUUUAGUGAUCUGGGGCAGAUGGAGCUGGGAAAGGAGGCAUAAGGGCCGGAGACACCAAGGCUUGCUCCUGGCACACCAAGACCGUGUGUGUGAGAGCGUUUGUGAGCCUACUUCCCACCACACGUCUUAAGGAACUAUUAGGUACCUUUGGAGAUCUACCUGUCUCUAUCCAUCAAGGUUUUUAAAGGGAAGAAACAAUACCUGGUGGAUGGCAGCCUUGGGUGAUGCAACAGUAUUUCAGUUUCUGCACUUCAGCUCUGCUAGGGCUGAGAUCUUUGGGAUGACCUAACCUGGCAACAAAACCAGCAGCUGGAAUGGCAUCACCCUCCUCUAAAUUCCUGCCAUUCCAACAGCUUGCCACCUUUAAUCUUAGGGAAACAGAGGAAGGGAGUAAGAAACAAGCAAUAGUUAUCUGAAGCCUGGUGGCUGAGGCUUGACAAAGGUGUGAAGAGAUGUUAAAGCUGGGUUUGUUGUUGCCCUUGUAGAUGGAGAACAAACUGUGUGUGAUCACAAGUGAGCUUUUUGUGCACCAGCUGUGUCCAGGCCAGCUACAGCCAGGUGUUCACCAAGUACAUAGCUGAGGGUUCUGAAAGCAGCAAGAACAGGUACAGAUCUUUGAGCUGUUGAAAGGAGAUCUUGGGUCAACUGGUACCAAGGUGGUUUGUGGUGAUACAACCAAAAGGCCAGCAAACCACUGUCAUGGAUACAAUCCUGCACUCAGGGGCCUCCUCUGGUGCCUCUGGUAGCUCCUCACCAUCUUGGAGAGACAGGGGCACCCACUGGGCAGGGGCUGGGCACAGAGGCUGCCCUGAGGCCCUGGGUGGCUGCUCCAGGGGAGGUUUGCUGCCCACAGCAGCGCUCACAGGGUGUCACCUGUGCACAGACAAGGUCUGCCAGGCUGACACGAUGCUGCCUGGGGGCAGAGACCAGCACAGGAAUGUGGGUGUCCUGUUUCAGCACAGCAGCUGCCUGCAGUUCCAUAGGUAGGUGGAGAAAGGUUGAUUUGUCCCUGAGCAAGAACACAGAGUAACUCCUAAUGGAGAAUAAAUAUAAAAUAAAACGCUGGCGCAGCUGACAUGUUUGAAUUCAGAGAUGAGCUCGGAGGCUGCUGGGGCAGAGCCAGGCACUGGCUGGGGAUGGAGCUGCUCACACAAGGUGAGGCCUGUUUGUUCCUCUGGUAAUGCAGUAGUGCUCAUGUUAGACACAAGCCCAUGGAGUAAUCCAAAUGUAAAUACUGGUGGGGUUUAACAGUCUAACAUUUUUUUUCUUACAAGGCUUGAAUUAUUUAUUAAUUUUAUUUGUUGGCUAUGGGUGUGCUAUAAUGUAUUAAGUAGCAUGGAAAUGCAGAAGUUCCUGCAAGUGGGGCAGCAGGAAAGCUGGAACAGGAGCUUGGGCUCUGCCUGGCAGCCAGCAUGAGCCAUGCAGAGCCAUGCUAGUGGGGUCUGGGAGAGCAGAGGACAGGCAGAGGCUUAAUGAACACAGUGAUUCGGGAUGAGGGAGAACUCUGCACACUGCAGCUUCACAAUUCAAUAUUUUUUAUGAUUUUCUGAGCUGCUGGUUUGAGUUGCAGUUGCCAAAACUGGCCCAUGGGUGCUGUGCCGUGCCAGUCACUGCCCCUUGCCCAACAGAUGUUCACACAUCUGUUCACACAGGGCCUGUGUUGGAGAUCUUGCCUCACCUGAGGCUGCUGGUGAACCAACCCCGAGGGCAGCAGUUACCUGAACCCUGCCCCUUUCCUCUGGAAGAGAACUUAGCUGGCAGGUUUUGCCUCUUAACAGGGAGUUUAAUCACAGCUAAAGAAAACAAGAAAGGGAAACUGAGAGCAGAACUGUUUGGCUGCUUUAAUCUGAUCACAGAAACACCUGCCCAUCCCUAACUCGUGUCUUUGCCUUACUGGGUAUUGCUGCUGGCUUGCUGAAAGAACCUGGGCAAGUGCACAUGGCAAAAUUACAGCAAGCACUCGACUGGGAUUCAUAUGGCAUGAAAGAGGAGGGUCAAGAUCUUUAGUGCAUAAUGGCAGGUUUGGGGGAAAAGCACGUAUAUCCACACACAAACUGCAUUUUGUCAGCACAAAGCAGCAAGUGAGCAUAUCAACAGAAGUAUUUCGGGUGUGAUUCACUCUCCAGUGCUACUGAAGUAUCUGUACACAGCACACUUAGGUUUUGUGGGUUUUGGAGUGCAGUCUCCUGUUUGUAAAUGUUCUCCUUCCCCCUGUCAUGGCCUGGGAGACCAACAGUGACCAGCUUUUCAAGAGCACAUUUUUGCUCGAGCGUGGAUCAGCCAUUGUCCAAGGCACAAAGCAACGUGCCAAAGGAAAGAGAACAGCUUAUUUUUUCCUGAUCUCUUUCAGUGUUACUUAUCCUAGCUUAUUACUAGUUUUUACUUACCUGAGGGUUACUGCAAGCAGAUGCUGGGGCCGAUUGACUCACUGUAACAUAACUGUCUGGAACCAACUACUUUUACAUUUACUUCUUCAGAUCUUUUCAGAUUUUUCUUUUUCUGUGAAACAGCCAGGAGGGAUUUUUACAUGGCCCUUAGCUCAGAUGUAGCAGAAUAUUUACAACGACAUUUCAAACAGGUCGUCUCUCUCAGGUAGCAAGAGAUGGAAAUAAAUCUGCAGUAGGAGCCACCAUGUAUAUCUGUUUCAGAUAUACUGAAAUCCUUUCCUGUAUACAAAGAAAUGCUGUAUUACCCCUGGAUGUAACAUUUACUUGGUAGAAAAAGUGCUUCUUGACUGGAAGAUUCAUAUGCAGUGAUCUGACACCUGUUUCCACUAAAGAUCUCACCCUCAGCCACCACCAAUCCCAGCCCAAAAGGAAGGAAGGUGGCAGCUCUGGAAGAGCAGCUCAGCCACGAAUGACUCUGUGGAUCCAGUCUUUCCAUAUCUUUAGGUAGAGCUGGGCAGCACAGGGGAGAAGAAUGAGUUGUGAGGUGAGUAAGCCUAGAAAUACAGCUUGAUUUUGGGGAUGGAAAAUCAGAUAUUAAAGAAAAAAACCUUUUUUUUUGUCUAUUAGACAUGUCUGCGUAGGUGUUGCACAUCAUGGUGGCAGCCAACAGAAUGAUGGGAUAGUUUGAGCUCCUUUAUUCCAUCUGGGAGAUGAGGAGACUGGCACACGGCAGAAUCAGGCUUUUGGUCACUUUUUUGGUCAUUUUUGGUAAUUCCCCAGGAUAGCUGCAGGCAUCCCCUGGGCUGUGCUUCCCUGGCAGCCCAGGAACCCUGGGCAGGCACGUCCUUACCGAAGGAGCAGCACCCACAGAGACACACAGGGACGCUCCCACUCCAGCGUGCAGGAGGAGGAGGAGGAAGGAAUGGGAGCACCAGAGGUGCUCAUGAGUCAGGGUUGGCUGCUCCCCUCACCCUGCACAGCUGGUGUCUCGGGGCCCCCACCCUGGUUCCCCAAGUGCAUUUCAGAGCUAUGGCACUCCAAGAGGUGUUUACGUGCUUGGAAGGAUGUUUGGCUUGAGGGUGACUGGUGAAACUGAGCCUUUAGAAUAAUGGGAGCCAGGCCUGCAGUUUUCAGUCUUUUAGAGGACACCUCAGAGGGGACAAUGUCACCUCAAUUUCCCUUUGGCAAGGCUUUUUCAAAAGCUGGUGGCACAUGAAGUCUCUGCACCUGCUCAUUUCCAGCUGCUGCUUGCUAUAGUCUCACUCUUGGGAAUCUCCAACCUCUGAUGCUGACAAAACAGCUUGUCUGUGGUUAUGUAAAAAUCUUGGAUUUGGGUUCAGAUUGUUUUCCAGAAAGCCAGGUCUGGGUGGGGUAGGGUGACUGGCUGUGUGUGCAGAAUUCCCUCUUUUUUAUUUUCUACCUGUUGCUAAGCAUUUUGUUAUAAAGGUGGAAAAGGUCACUGUUACAAACGGGGUUUUCAGGCUGGAAACAAAUACAGCCAUGCAGUUAGAAGCACCACUCUAAGAUGUCAAAAAAUCAUGUCUCCAGGUUAGUUUUAAUGUGAUUUUAGCACAAUUUUAUUUUACCACUGUGUGGAACAGUGGUUUGUUCCGAUGGUAGGCUCCUUGCUCCUGAGGAAAUCACCGGCAGGUGAGGCUGUUGGCGCUGCUGCCGCAGGGAUCUCCCUGUAAGUCUGAUUGUCCAGAGCACUUUUUAGGGAACUUUGUGGGUGUUCAGGUCUGACUGAUGGUGGUGGGACUCAGUGGGGCUUGAGCUGCAGCCAGUCUCAUCUCCUAGCCAGAGCCAGAGGGACACCUGAAGCCCAGGGCAUCCUCCAGCUGGGGUCUGUGGCAGCAAUACAGGAAAAGGUGUGAGGGGGGAAGCCCAAGGACAUCCCAAUAGGAAAGAAGAGGUGUCAAAGCUGGCUUUCUUUUUUCCUUCUCUAUGAUUUAAUUUUAGAAGUGAGCUUUGUGGACCUUGGCAGAGAGAGGUUUUUAGGGGAGUUUCGUAAGGCGUUAGGCAGUGUGAGUAGUUAUAUCCCAGUUCCUCUCCCCUCACCAAUAAAAAAGCCAUGAAAUCACGCUCCAGUGCUGUUGUGGAUGAACCCUCUGGGGUAAAGGUGCACCCUGCCCAGCACCCUCAGGCUGCUGGCUCAGGUGUGACCAGGGCCACACGGAGCCAUGGGCUGCCACGCAGCGCCGUUUGCCAGCAGCUUGGCCCCCAGCCCCACCCUUGAGCUCUCCUAGGGGGGAAACACUGUAUUGUCCGUAGUACUCUGAAGACUAAACCCUUUUGGGAUAACCACAGUAGGGAACUGUGAGUGGUAUUUUCUAAGUGUAGAUAUGUAUGCCGUUCUUUCGAGGUAAGGUACUCUGACAUAUGUAGCAUAAACUGGUCCUGCUGUUAAAUGGGUCGAUUAUUAACUGAGCAGCUGUGUAGGGGGUAGCUAACUUUGAAUGCAUGAAAUCACUGUUCCCCUGGACAUGGGAUGGGAGCUAGGCACUGGCUGCUUGUGGGGGUACUUAUGGUGGGGUAAUGCAAGAGGAAAAUGCAGGUGGAUGAGAAAACUGGUAAUUUUUUAUAGUGUUUUAAAGAUGGAAAUUGGUACCCAUUCUAUACAUUACUCACAAUGGUUUUUAAUCCCUUCUUUUGCCCAGUUUUUGCUGCUUCCCCAAUAUUGUAAGCUGGAAUUGCUAAAUAGGUGUCAGCCCUUGUAUAGGGAAGGGAAACUGAGGGGAAAAAGAAGUCUCUUUCUAAGAACAGAGAUAGCCAAAUUGUAUUUCCUGAUCUGGUGGUCUUGAACCACUGAUUUUUCAGAUGAGGCUCAGAUUCAGGCCUGGGGUAUGACAUUACUGUCCCCUUGGAAUCACAGACCCCCACCUGGCAGGUGACACUGGGAUAGCACCGAGCUCCCGGUGACUCCUGAUCACGGAACCAGCAGCACAGAUGGGGUGGCCUGGGUUUCUGUCAAUCCUCAGCGUUCUGAAAGAGCCACAACAUAAAACAACAAUACUUCUGCCUUAUGAAGUACCUUUAGAAGAAGAGAAGUGUCAGCAUGUUGGGGAAGACACUCAUUUCUUGCGAAGCGAUGCAUUCAGAGUUAGCUGCCUUUCUGAAACAAAAAUAAAAAGAAAUUCAAUACCUACUGUAUGUUACUUUGAAAAUGUGAAUAGUAUUUUUAUAGCUUGUUAAAGACACAGCUAGUUGCAUUUGUAAAUAAGGAUAAUGUUGCUUUUAUUUUCCUUGUGGACACCAUUGUUUGGAACAUAAUUGUCCUUAGGGUUGAUUUGUAUAUAGGUAAUUUGCUUGUGAUUUCAGCCGCUCCUCCUUCCCUUUCCUUUCUCUUCCUUCCCACCCUCUGGUUUUGGUUAGAAGUACCAUUUUCAGCAUUCUGUGUGAUUCCGUGUUUUAGCACUGUUGUGGUGUGUUCAGACUUUCUGCACUUGCUUACACAGUAGGGUAUGCCAAUCGUGUGUGGCGUAAUGUUACUUUAACCUUUCGUUUCUCAUAUUUUAGCUGUUGAGAAUUAUACACUGUUAAAAUACUUACUGACCUGGGUUAAUAUUAGGUACAUAUUUUAGCAUAAUUUCCCUUCUUUUCACGGUUUCUCGGGGUUUUCCUUUUUUUUUUUUUUUUUUUUUUCCUUUCCCUUCCCUUUUGUCUUGUUUGGAAGCUGGGAAGAAACCUGUGGAUCUUCUCUUUGUGUGGUUCUAUUCCCCACUCCCGUGUGCAGCCCGGAGUUUCUCCUCAUGGUCCUUGGGGUAGAGCUUUAUCUGUUUGUUAAGGCAAAUGUAGACUGCGACCCACCUUGCAUCAACCCACGCUCAUCCCAGCUGAACAAUUUGAAAACUGUUCUGCCUUUUUGUUACAUGAAUCUGUCAGAAAUAUAUUUUUAAUUUAAUAUAAAUGAAAUUCAAUAAAAUACGAA